AUGAAAGGCAUCAGUACAUCAGACUCACACCCUCAACUCGGCAUCGUAGCACCCCCUAAUAGCACGGGCAUCAAUAUCAUUGUCGUUGGCUGUGGCUAUGGCGGGCUCGCUUGUGCCAUUGAAUGUAAACGGAAAGGACACAGAGUUACAAUUUUAGAGAAAAUCCCAGAAUUCAAAGUCCUCGGAGAUAUAGUUCGUGUGCAACCGCUUCCGCUUCCAUUAUGGGGUGCUUACGGUUAUGAUGGGCAUCGAGCGGAAAUACACGAAGUUAUCUACAAUUAUGCGCUGUCCAUCGGCGUUGAUAUUCGUUUCAACCAUGCAGUAGAAGAAUAUUUCGAAGAUGAAGAGAAUGGAAAGGCUGGAGUAGUUGUUAAUGGUGAAAAGUAUGAGGCGGACCUGGUCGUCGCCGCAGAUGGUGUCAAGAGUCAAGCUAGACAUUAUAUCUUAGGCUACGACGACAAACCGAGAGCAUCUGGAUAUGCUAUUUUUCGGGCCUGGUUUGACGCGGAGGAACAAGGCGUUGACAAGGACCCGCUAACGGACUACCUAUGCAAAAAUGGCGAUUCUUUUUAUGGAUGGAUAGGCAGAGACGUACACUUUCUUGCCUCGUCCACCCGAGGCGGAAAAGAGAUCUCAUGGGUAAUUACUCGCAAAGAUGAUUUCGAAAUAUCUGAUUCCUGGUCGUUUGCUGGCAAGAUGGAAGAUGUCUUGGCAGUGGUUGAUGGAUGGGACCCCCGUUGUGCUGCUAUUCUUGCUAAGGCACCGUCCUGUAUCGACUGGAAACUCAUUAUCCAUGAUCCAUUACCAACUUGGAUAGGCAAAAGUAGACGAGUGAUGCUGAUAGGAGAUGCUGCCCAUCCCUUCUUGCCUACAAGUCAACAAGGCGGUUCGCAGGCGAUUGAGGAUGGUGUCACCCUCGCAGCUGCCCUACAGCUUGCGGGUAAAGACAAUAUACCGUUGGCUGUGGAGUCUUGGGAGAAAAUAAGGUAUCUUCGUGUUCGACGGAGUCAACUGAUGGGAGAAGAAGUGCGGAACAAGUGGCACCGAUCCAAACCUGAGGAUCGAGGAGAGUCAUUGGACAUGCCUCGCCCUGAAUGGUUGUUUUCGUUCGAUGCUGAAGCACACACUUACAAAGUAUUCGAUCAAGUCUCGAAGGAAAUCAAAGAAAACGGUUAUCAGCUACCUAUCCUACCCCCGGAGUUGAUGUGA